AUGACCGCUGCCGCCAUGCAACAACCUCCCGUUAUCCCCCCCCGCCCGGCUAAGGGCCAGGACAAGAACGAUUCCACGGCCAAUGUUCCCAAGAUUCCACCUCGUCCUUCAUCGAAACGAUUUGACCGCUCGAUAUCUCCCAAUCCCGAUCGAUUCGCUCCCUCACCUUUCAACGAGGGCAUUCCUCAAAAGAGUCCCAUCUCUGCCCGAUUCAACCCGAACGAUGCUCGUCAGGAUCCAAUCAACCGCCCAACCAGCGUUUCGAUGCCUUCGAUUGGCCAGGAGGGUGCUGAGUACAGUGCCGUGACCCACGAAGUCAAGCCUGACGAGGUCCAGGUCGACGAGGACAACAGAGCUGCGUCACCCGAACAAACACGUACCAUUGCGGAGGACCUUAAGCUUCAUGCGCCCAAACCUUCCCUGCCAGCGCAAAGCGCCAAGCAGCGUGUCCAGGCUGUUACCCGCACCGACUCCGACAAGGCAGCACAAUUUGGCAUUGGUCGCCCUGGAUCUACACAGGGCAACAAGAAGCAGUCCAGCACCAAUGUAUCGGUCAGUGAUGGCCGUCCUGAGGUGGAAGAUGAGCAUGGUAUUCCCGAAAUCGGCCAGCGCGUGCCCAUGAACCCUCAUCUUGGUGACGUUCAGGCCCCUUCGCCUGGCCCUGGGUCUGAGGAAUUUAAGAAGCACCAUCACCGCAAGCAUAGCUCUCGUGGUGGACCUCCGGGUAGCUACGGCCUCCACGGCCAUGGUGUUGCGCCAUUGGACAAACUCGAGAAGGAAUACUACGAGAAGCAUCCUGAAGCCCUUAAGAGGGAACAUCAGACUCCUCUACAUGAUCGUCAAAAUGACUUUGCCAUGAGCAAGGAUGACCUGAACAAACUGGUCAGAGACACUCGAUCUCGUGGCGCCGGUUUAGGCACAUCUGGUUAUCAGGCUACGCCUACUGAUGAAGUUGGCUUCCAGGCCAGUGAAGAAUACACUUCUCGCCUUUCUCCCCGACCCGCUUCCACCAAUGAAGGCCAGGUUCAGCCCCUGUCAUUCAAGUCGGAGAUCACUGGCCCCGAUGGUGAACAUACUGUGCACGUUGACGAUCCUAAGCACCCAGAGUACCGCUCGUAUGGUAACGAGGAUCCUGCUGUAGACGAGGAGGACCAUGAAUACACUGCACCCAUUUUGGCUGCCGACGAAGUCAAGAAUGAUGAUUCUUCUUACAGCCAGCGUCCUGCUGUUCAUCCUCCCGCUGACCGUCGAGGUAGCGGUGAUUUGGAGGAACCAACAAGCCGACCUCUGAGCAGGUCUAGCAGACCCAAGAGCAGACCCACAAGCAUCUAUAAGAACAAUGACUCUCAAGAAUUUGCUCCCACUUCUCUGGAUGACGUGGAAGAAUAUGAGCCUCUUUUCCCUGAAGAGGGGAAGAAGGAAGCUCAGAAGCCAGCACCUGGCAACAAGGCACGACACUAUUUCCCUAGCAAGGACAUUUGGGAGGAUGCCCCGGACAGCGUGCACUUCACUGUUGAGGUUUCGACACCUGAUCAGGCGGAACAGACAGAGCAGACAGAGGAGCCUCGACGACGAUCAUCCGCAAUGGAUCGUCCUAAAACCCCAGCUCAUAUCUUUGCUCAGAGACAAGAGGAACUUGCCGAGCAAGAGGCCAGAGGUCCUGUGGAUAUUCAGCCCCCUAAGAACCAUGACAAGCCAAUAUGGUACGAAUCAAAGGAAUCUGAUUCUUUCCUGAACAACAACAAGAGACCUUCUGCUAGUCAACGAUUCCCCAGCAAAGACAUUUGGGAAGAUGCUCCCGAGAGCCAGCUCUACGAGACUACUAUCUCUGAUACCCCAGAACCCGAGGUCAAGGAGGAGCCCAAGGAGGAACUUACGGAGCAGAACAAGCCUUCAAUUCCGGAGCGACCGGCUAGAAAAGCAUCUGAGGAUCGUCCUGCAAUUCCGGAGCGACCCAAGCCCAAGCACACAACGAGCGAUGAGGGCAAGUCAAAACCUCCCGUGUCUGACAAGCCAAAGCCUCAGAUCCCUCCUCGACCUACAAAAGCCUCAUCAGGAGACUCGGCAGAGCCUAAACAGAAGCCUCCCGUGCCUAGCCGACCGGCCGGUAGCAAGAUUGCCGCCCUUCAAGCAGGCUUUAUGAGCGAUCUGAACAAGCGUCUCAAGCUAGGGCCCCAGGCCCCUAAGAAGGAGGAUACCAAGCCGCAAGAGGAUUUGACGGAAGAGAAGGAGAAGGCCCCGCUUUCGGAUGCUCGCAAAGGUCGAGCCCGGGGCCCACAGCGCCGAGCUCCCGCCAAGAGCCCCGCGGCGCCGGCCGUGCAAUCUUCAGGUCCUUCUUUGUCAUUCUCAACUCCCCAGACUCUUUGGUCUAUCGAUCUCGAGGGCUCUCUGUCAGUAUCUGGUGAACAGACUCCUGUUUCUGAACCAGAGCCAGCGGUGGAAAAGACCGAGGAGCCUGUCGCUGAGCCUGUGACUACCCAAGAACCGUUACCGAAGUCUGAGCCUAAUCUGGAGCCCAAGCCGGAGCUCCGAUCAGAGCCCGAAUCAGAAUCAGUUCCAGUGCAUAGGGAUCCGGAACCCGCAGCAGGAAAGCUACCUCAAGAAGCUGAGCCUGAGCUCCCUGUACAGCAACCUGCUGUGGAACCUUCCCCAGAGCCUGCUCCAGAGGCGUCUCUCCAAGAACCCGAGCCUGAGCGUGAACAAGAACCAACCCAAGUUGAAAAGAGUCUCGUUACGAACACAGCUGGUGAGAGUAUCUUGGAGACCAUUGUGGACAAGACGGAGGGAGGUGAUGCAGUUGAGCCUGUUGCCGUAUCCGAUGAAGUAAAGCAGUAA